AUGGGUAGAGUUAGAACUAAGACCGUCAAAAGAGCUUCCAAGGCUUUAAUUGAAAAGUACUAUCCAAAGUUGACUUUGGAUUUCCAAAUCAACAAGAGAUUAUGUGAUGAAAUUGCUACCAUCCAAUCUAAAAGAUUAAGAAAUAAGAUUGCUGGUUACACUACUCACUUAAUGAAGAGAAUUCAAAAGGGUCCAGUCAGAGGUAUUUCUUUCAAGUUACAAGAAGAAGAAAGAGAAAGAAAGGAUCAAUAUGUUCCAGAAGUCUCAGCUUUAGACUUAUCUCACUCUAAGGGUGUCUUGAACGUCGACAACCAAACCGCUGAUUUAGUUAAAUCUUUAGGUUUAAAAUUACCAUUAUCUGUCGUUUCUGUCUCUGCUAACAACACCAGACGUUUCAGAAGAAGAGCUUAA